AUGCAUGUGGUCGCCCCCAACAGCUCUAGAAGGAUCAUUGCUUGUAUUGAUGGAACCUGGAAUAACGAGGAUGGGCGAGAAGGCAUCGGUGUCGAUAAAACUCCUUUGGAGGCAUGGAAUGAGGGUAUCACUGGAGCGGGAUAUGCGGCCAGAGUUGUUGCCGACCUUCUUCACAGACUUACCCUCAAACAAGUCCCUGAAGACAAGGCAAAAGAUAUGGAAUUAUGGAGUAGCAUUAAGCGCUUGGCUAGGCUGAGUCUCAAUGAAGGAGAUGUGCGCCGUGGACAGGAAUAUCGAUUUUGUCUUGAGAACACACGAGAUCCCCCAAAGAUCAAAUUUCUGGUGCUAUUUGACACAGUCAAAAUGGUGCUCACUAAAGACCCAUUCAACGAGACCGUCGGAACGGACGUCAGCUUUGUUGAGGAUGUCCGGCACGCACUUGCACUCAAUGAGGAGCGUAGAGCUUUGCCUUUACUACCCAUUGGAUUGAGUGAAGACGGGCAUGUUAAGGGCUCAUAUUUGCAAGCCUGGUUCGUUGGAGCCCAUGCGGACAUGGGCGGAGGGGCCGAACGCGACGGCCUCUCCCUUUACCCUUUGCAGUGGAUGUUCAUCGAGAGCAAAAGCCGUGGUUUGGUGCCCUAUCAUGAGCCCCCGAACCGAAUCAAGGGCCUAAUUGAAAGUCCACUGGACCUGGCCUUUCCAGAAUCUUCUCCCCUUCUUGCUCUUCUAGAAGCUCGAGCGCCUGUUGCCGACACAGGCUUCAUCGAGCAAAACUUGUGGACGUUCAGGUACUCGAGUAGGGCCGAAAUCAUCAUAAGCACCUCACAUUGGGUCAACAUCAAUUCGGGCGCCUUGGCCGGCUUGAAGCUAGCCAAGCGGCAAAUCUUCGAUGCCGAGGGCUUCGGCAUUCUUCAAGGGUACAAUACGAACUGGAUGCAGAAGGCCUUCAAGGGUAUACAAGGUUAUCUGAUUGAGUUCCGGAAGUGCUCCAGCCUAAUGCCCAUGUCCAAUGGGGUGGGCAAAUCUACACUGUUGAACCGUGUUUUGGGUAUUCCAACGACGGAAGUGAACGCGGUGCAGCGGGGCAAGCACGAUAUAACAAAGGCAUUCGGAUCAGAUCAACAUCCGGGUAUUAUUUUUCAUGAUUCCGAGGUCUUAAACGGGAAACACCAGGGAAGUCUCGGCAUUCAAGAAAUUUCUUCAGGCUCGGACAGACACCAAUCGGCCAGUUCAAUCGGCCCUAGCAAAUGUCUCGAGACAGGCAUCGAGUCUACAAAUUCCACGGCAACCCUUACCAAGGUGCUCUGCCGCGAAAUCGCGCAAGGCUCCUUCGGCCUUCCAGAAACCAAUGUCGCCGAGAUUGAUAAGAUCCACAGAGACGUUGUGUGGAUGAACCUUGCACCUUUCAUAGCCCAGAACGUCAGCCAGUCUGACCUAAUUCGUAAAGGCGCCGUGUAUCUGACCAUGUCUACUGAUAUUGGUGGUAUAUCGCUCGACGCUGGGGCAAUGCUGCUCGAGGCGCCAGCAGCCGCCCGGAUGAUCUUUAAAUGCGCAUGCGACCUCAUCCUCAUCUUGGAAAAUGCUUACCGAUACUAUGGCAAAACUGUGGGCUGUGGGAAGAUUAAGCAUGUGGCCAAAGCUUACAUCAAGAGUAAAGUCUUGAUCUUGAAGGACGACGUUCGAGUCACGCGAACGAGAAGGAGAGCAGUCCAUGGAGAUAUCAACGAAUUGAUACCGACAACGUCAAAGCGAGGCGAAGGAGAGUUCUAAGCUACAUCGCUUGCGGACUAUCGAACUGGUAUCAAGGAUAUUGUCUUGAAAUACAGGUCGGAAAAAAAUUGUGCGCGGCUGUUGGUUCGGACAACGAUGCUAGCCAAUGGGUUAGCCUAGAAAUUCCCGAGGAUGAGGAUGAUCUUAGAGAGUUUGGGAACGAUCUAUAAGAAAUGAGAAUGUCCAAGGAUAGCUAUGGGAG